AUGAGAACAUAUGGCAGGAGGGGUCCAGUUUUCAGAACGUCUUUUCGAUCUAAUAGGGGAUCGUUAUCAUCUUCUAAUGUGGAGUUUAGUGAUGACGAUGUAAAUUCUGCUCUUCCUGACAUGAGUUCUACCAUGUCUAGCAGUGUUGCGGAUGAUCCGUUUGAGGGAUUUUUGGACAAACGUGGAAUUACUGAGGAUGUUUCGCCUUCUCCUGAUGGUACUAAUGAGGAUGCCAUUUUAUCAGUGGAUCCAAAAGGGAGUACUCAAAAUACUGAAAUAACCAGGAGUGAUGAUACCUCCAUUGCAUCUAUAAAAAAAGAGAAAUUAAGUGCGUUUAAUUUUCUUGAUGGUUCAAAAAUAUCUAAAACAAAAAGAAGAAGGACAUACCAAAGACAUGACGCAAGCACAGCGUCCUCAAUUGAACCAAACCUACAAGAUGAGGGCAAUCUUAUGAUGCAGAAUGAGUCAGAAUCAAUAAAACAGAUAUACAAUGAUAUCAACGAGUUCAUAUUAAAUCUACCGAGAGCUGACGAUGACGUAUUAAAUAAAAUGUUCGAGAAUGAAUUAAACAAAGACAACGUUGAGGAAGGAGAAAAUAUGCUCACAUCCAAAGAUAGAAAAUACGGUAAAUCCCGAACAAUACUAAUAAGCAAAAAUAAAGAAAAUGAAAUGGCAGAGGAGGAAGAGGAUGAUCAAAAAGCUAAUGCAGUACCCACAAAUAAUCCUUACGGCGAUAACUCUGAAAAGGAAGGGUUGACUUCAACAAAUCACUACAAUGAAUUGAAAAACAUGGGAGACACAAUUAAAUACCAAGAUGAUAUUGACUUUUUUCUAUCGAAUUCUAAAAAUAGUGUUAAUGAUUCAGGGUCAAUUAACGACUAUUUCAAGAAACUUUUGAAUUUAUCAUUGAUGAUAAUCAAUGAUGACGGGUUUUUCCAAUAUGCGAGAAGAUAUUUCAAAAAGGAAAUAAUUAGCCUCAGUUUUUUUCGAGUUGAGUUAGAUUUUCCUGAAUUAAUGUUAUUACAGGGUUAUCUAUUAGGUAAAGUCAGUGAAUCGCAAUGCGAUUUCCCACCUAGUUUUGAGAGCUUCUCUAUUGAAUUGAGUCGAAAUGAAGGUAGUAUAUGCAGAAAAAAUAGGCGUAUCAAUAAAUUAUCACACCUGAAUUUUGAGGACUUCCUCCAGGAGACUCAGUUCAAGACAGGUCUUUAUUAUUCGUUAUCACUCUGGGAAAUGUAUGGAAAGUUUUCGGCGAGCAUGAUUAAACGAAUCUCGAUCAUUGCUUCGAAUAGGGAUUUAUUUAAUCAACAUGUUAUCAAAUUGAUUCCGCUGUUAGAAAAAAUGAUGUCAGAUUCCAAAUUUGGGCUCAUAUUCAUUAAACAGCCUGAUAUAUUCGAUGGUGUUAUUAGCAAUUUAAAUAACCAGUUCAAGAAUAUGAUUGAUAAUGAUUAUUUUAUCAGAACUUUAAUUUUGCUAACUAAUAUGGAAGGACAUAAUCACAAAUUGUGGGAGAGCAUGGAUAUGAUAUUCCAAGACUCAAUGAAUACAAUUUUGAAGGGCAUACAUCCAUUGAUCGAUGCGAAAGUCGAUAAUGUUCUCUUACAUUUGGGGCUAUGUCUAAAUCUGUGUGGGGGAAAAAAUUGCGAUCUGGAAGUUGAUGAUGAAUUAUGGCAUAAUAUGAGAGCAACUUUUCUUAAAAUGAUUCGUGAUGAUUCUGAAGUUGAAAACAGGUUAAUGCAAGGUUUAUUCUACUUAAAUUUUGCAUUCGUAGUUAAUCAGCGCAAAGAAGGCGAUUAUUUAGACUCAUGGGAGCUCAACACAUUAACAGUAGCACUAGAAGCAUUCGAAUCAGAAACCUCACAAUUUAAUGAAGGUAUUUCGAGUAAAAUCGAGAUUGCUUUACACUAUUUAAGAUCAAUCCAUGAGAAGAAAAAAAGUACAAUUUAA